UUCUAUCUAUACAAGAACGCAGCGCUAAAGCACAUCUAGAGCACAAGGAGAUGCGGUGCGAUGCCCAGACGCGCCAAGAGCGUACAGAACGCAAUGCAAUAUAGUAAAGCUUGGCGAAGCUGCUCCAUUCGACUUCUUCGGUAAGGUCAGGGGCCGUUGUGGAACGUUUUUGGGGGCCGCAGACUGGGGUCCCGUCCAAACAACGGGUCUCGAACACGAGCUCAUCCCGGUGAAGGCGGUUGAGCCCCCAAAAUGGUGGAGGGCAUUAAAUGGCAAACACGCCGCCAUAUUCUACGGCCACAUUCCUCGCAUAUAGAGUUUUUUUUUUUCUCCCUCACCUUCUUGACAAGCAGCGCUCGUCUUGUCGCAAAAUGGCCCGCUCGCGCGUCCGUUUCGCCGUCGCGUUUUGCGUCCUGGCACCUUCUUUCGUCGGCAUGGCGGCGGCCAGAGACCCGCCGUUCAGGGUGAAUAUCGGCUACUUCAAGUUUCCCGUGAGCGACCCGGAAAUGAAGGCGCGAGUGGAGCGGGUAGAGAACAACAUCACGGCAUGGGAUGACUUCUACGACGCAACGCUGGACUACUGGCUCGCCAAUUGGAACAACACGCAGCCGCUCCCAGAGGACACCGAAGAAACAGCUCUACGACGCUUUGCCAACAAAACCAAAGUCGAUGUAGAAGACUUUGGCACGAUACUCCAGCAAGCGAAGGACGGCUACGCGACGGACCUGCGUGCGCAGAACAAUGACCCGCAGCAGCUCUGGGAGUUUGACGGCACCGAUUUGUCGGAGAAAGUGCUCGACGUGACGGAGGAGGAGUUCAAGUUUCUGCACCACGAGAGACUGGCUGCAUACGCGGGAGUGGGCUCGCCCGUCGACUGCAGCGUCCACAUCGACCGGAUGCUGGAUGGGAUGAGCGAGUGGGAGAAGGCGGGCAUGGCGGCCGCGAGCACGCUCAUGGCGCUCUUACCGACAUUUCUCGCGUUUGGCAAUCUUUUCGUGCCACGCAGUUCCGAAGCCUUCGCCACGAGCUGGCUCAUCGGGCUCGGCGCUGCCCUGUUCAGCCUCGGCCUCCCCGUACGCAGUAUCUCCUGCAUACGCCGGAAACAGGUGCUCGAGCUUGCGACGCUCGACAAAGAUCCACUGGAUACGAUCGCAGAGCUCGGCGAGGAAGAUGCUCCCUCAGACGCCGCCAAUGGAACCACCCAAAAAGCGCCGAAGCACACGUUGGAAGACUUGCAGCAGUGGACGCGCCCAGACGCUCCACACAAGUACAUGCGAGACUUCGCGCGGAUCCGGAAAGCAGUGGAUUCGUACGCAGAGCGUUGGCACUGGUGGCAUGUACCCGCGCUGCUCAUUGCGGCGGCGCAAGGCUGCAUUUUCGGGUUUGCGAUCGAGCCGCUGCUCAAGGCCGCAGGGAUACCGAAGUUCAUCUUCGCGUGCGCGGGCGUGAAUUGGACGGGCUUGUAUCUUUCGGUGAGCGCGAUUGCGAAUGCGCUGUUGAGGCUGGCUAUGUGGCAGCUGUGCGACCAUGAGAUUGUGAAUAUUUAUCAUCUCACGGAUGCUGCGAGGGACGCGCUCGACGCCAUCAAGAAGCCGAGUAUGCCGACAACGGUGACCCAACUCCCGCCUCUCUAUCCACCCCUGAUCUCCAAAUUCCAUACCAACUUUGGCCGGCUGGUACAGCGAAUCAUCCCUAGCUACCAGCCACUCCGCGAGGAACACCCUUCAGGCGCGUUGAGCCAACCCGUCCGCGAGCAUCUCGACUCCAUCGCUUCCGUCCUGAAGAACCCCUUCUCCAUGCUCAAGAGCGGCUUCGCAGACACCGCUGCCGCGCCCCGCUACAGGCCGCUCAUAGUCCUUAUCCACUUGUCCACCCAAGGCCGCCCUCAGCUCCGAACACUCUUCACCGGCUUCUGCGAAGCGGCGUUGCUCCUCGUGCUUACCUUCUUUUUCGCCUCGCAAUGGGGCGGCAACUUGUACAUCACCGCCAUUGCGCUCGCUUUGAUUCUUGUAUUCAUCACUGUCGGUAGAGCGCUCGCUAUCAUCUACGUAUGGCUUAGUGCUCGCACAUGGGGUCUCCAUGCCAUCAACUGCGACGAGCAGGACGAAAUCCUUGGCUGCUUGCGUAUUGUAUGUAGUAUGGAGGGUGUACUGGUUCGUAUUAACGGAGCGCAUUACUAUGAUGGCUAUCGGUUGGACUACGAGCCGAGCUUUGGGGCGUGGAGGCGGGAAUAUGCUAGGGGCGACUACGAUGAGGCUGUGCUGCGCCCGGGUUCGACGGGCGCUACUCAGGUACAGGUGGAGCCGAAGGGAACUAGUACGCAAAGUCCGGUUUAGUUGAAGCGUAUCGAUGGCGGGGCGGAUGGGAGCCGGUUCAUUCAUGGCGGUCCUUGGGGCACAUUUCUGGGAGAAACGUACGGCUGACGCUCGAGUCUAUAUCCACGAAUAGGGGCGGUGCUCCUCCUUUUUCGGUACUUGAAUGCUCUCCAUCAUUUGACGACACCCUCCGGAGAU